AUACUUACGAUACGUUUAGUAUUUGUAUCAAUCUAGAGUGCGAGUGUAUAUAAAAUAAUCAUUAGAAACAUGGAAAAGAAGGGUACAAGUGAAGAUAUGUGCCCUGCUGAUGAAGCUAAGAUAAGAAUCUCACGCAACUUAGUUAAUUACUUUGAACAACCAACUGAUAUACACAAGAAACGAAAACUAGAUAAAAGUUUACUAGUGAAAGAAUAUCACCGUCCAGCUGCAGGAAAAGAAACCAAAAACAGCGAAUUGCGUACGCCAGAAACAUUAUUAAAGACAUCACAUUACUUAAUUACAAAAAUUGCUGAGAGAAAUGAUAGACCUUGGUAUCAGGUCUACGAAUUCAUUUUCGAUCGUUUGAGGUCCAUCAGACAAGAAAUUGUCAUCCAGAGAAUUGAGACAAGACUGGCCCUUGAAAUUUUACAAAUAUGUGUCAGAUUUCAUGUAUUUUCUAAUUACAAACUGUGUGAUCAUUCCAUUAAUGAGUUUGACCCAAAAAUAAAUACCACCCAUGUCACCGAGUGUAUAUCCAAGUCCGUUGAGUUAGCAGAAGCUUUAAAUUUACCUUUUAAAUUAAGAGAGGAAAUGGAAUGUAUUAAUCUCUUAGUAAAUCUUGAGAACGAUAGAAUAUUGAGGAGAGCUUUGAUUCUAAGAAUGAACUUGAGAAGGGAUUCAAGAAACUAUGAAAUGUUUAAUAGAGUAUUAGAUAUAACGAAAUCGUACGCCUCGGGUAAUUUCUACAGAUUUAUUAAAAAGGGAAAAUCAUUACCAUUAAUUUAUCUUUUAUGCAUACAUUAUCAUCUUCAUACUAUACAAAAAAAAGUCAUUGAUAUGUUUAAUACUGCCUUUAAUUUGAAACGAUUUAGUUUACCUUUAUCAAAAUUUACGUCUUUCCUACAAUUAAACCAUAAUGACGAAACUGAAAUAGAAUGCAAAAAAUUUGGCUUUACUAUACGAGAAGGGACUAUAGGAUUAUUUAUGAAUAACUAUAAUUCAUCAGAAAAGUUUUCAAAGAGACAUUGGACUAUUAUAGAAGAAGAAUUAGAAAAGACGAAUAUAUCCAAUAUGUUGAAUGGAGUAUAAAAUUUAAAAGAAAUUUUCAAAUUAACACUCGCCUGAUGGAAAAUUUAUUACCCUUUAUCUGAAUAAAUAGAAAUUCUGCUUUUAUUGACUCAUUUACCGGGUUUUUUUUCAAGAUCUUAUGAUCAGAGACGAGAUAACUUCCUGUCUCCAUAGUUAUUUAGUACUUAAGGCAACCCUAGGGGUGUGAAAUUUCUCUCUAAUGGAUUGGUGAGAGCAAGCAAGGAAAAUAUAUAUAAAAUCCUUCAAAAGGAAAAAUUUAUCCAUCUUAUUUUUAGUUUAUUAGAAAAGAUAAUAAAUAUGUUGUGGUUUUCAAACCAAUUUGAUGAUUUUUUUCCAGUUCUUGGUUUCAUACUUCAAAAAACAUAAAUUAGAAUAAGAACGUAAAUCGAUAAAGUCUUUUUUUAUUGGAAAAUAAAGAAAAGACAUAAAGACAUAAUUAUGACAAUUAAUUGACAGCUAAUUAUAAAUUAUAAAAAAAAGAAAUUUUGCAUAAAAAAAAGGUUUUUUUUU